AGACGGAGGCACCGAAGCGACCAGGAGAAACUCGCGCUCGUCACGUGUUGUUUUCUUCCCCGAGUCCAUCGCCGCACAUCCUCAGACGGCGAAUCACGGCAUCCCGCGCCGUGUGAGCGCGCUCCGAGUCCGGCGGUGCCUGGGAUUGGGUGGAGGGAGGGAGUGGUGGCGGAGGAAGGAGUCACGGGAUUGGUAGAGUUCAGCGCCAAACUUGUUGACUCAUAACUGAGCUGCUCCUCUCCGUCCAUCUCGACUCGGAGCUGUCCGGGGCCAGUGGUGCUGAAACUGUCAAGCUUUCCGACGCCGCCUCCAGGGCUGAUAGCGCAUUCCUCUGAUUCCAGGUUCAAGCAUUUCCCAAAGUUACGCUCAUUUAUUUAUUUAUUUAUUUUGUAUCCCCUUUUUGCGUGAAGACUCAAGGCGUCUGAUUUGAACGCCGAUUUGGAAGAAAUCUCCCCACAACCCCGGCGCUCUCUCCAGGAGCGCACCGAGUCCCGUAACGUCAGCCGCUCAAACCGAGGACUCUCCGGACCGCAGCCAUGGCUUUCAUGGUGAAACACGUGGUGGGAGGGCAGCUGAAGAACCUGACUGGCGGCCUCACGGAGGAGAAAUCCGAGGGAGAGAAAUCAGACGCCGCCGCGCAGGGAAUGACUCAAGAGGAAUUUGAACAAUAUCAGCAACAGUUAGAGGAGGAAAAACAAGAACGAGAAGCUCAUUUUGCCCAGAAGAAAGCAGAGAGGGCUACAGUCAGAACCCAUUUUCGGGAAAAGUACAGACUACCGAAGAACGAGCUCGACGAGACCCAGAUCCAGCAGGCAGGGGACGACGUGGUGCUGCCCACAGAGCUGGCCAAGAUGAUCGCCGAGGACAACCAGGAGGAGGCGCACAAGCAGUCCGUGCUGGGCCAGCUGUCCAACAUCCAGAACGUGGACAUCGAUCAGCUGAAGGACAAAGCCCAGGCCACGCUUGAAGACCUCAAGAAGCAGACGGAAAACUGCAAUCUCAUGUGAAGUGGGCCUGAGCUGCUCCAGAAAACAGAGUUUCACUUGUGGAGAAAUUUAUCAGAGGCAGAGCUUCUCCGGGUGUAGACAUUUUCUCAUUGCUUUGGUUGAAUGUCAGUUAGCAGAGUUGCAUAAUUAUAGUUAUAUGGGGAUCAAAAUCAAACUGGAGCCUAUGAGAUCUUUGGCUCACCUUCUAACCAGUUAAAACCAUUUUGAGUCUUAAUCAUCCUGAAUGUUGUUCAUGUUUUUACGGAAAAAAAAAAAAAAAA